AUUUUACAUUUCUGUUCAUUACGCACAUGUUCACUGUCACUGAGGGGCCCGUUGAAAAUCUUUCAAUUGAUUGUCAAAUUUUUACCAGAUACACUGAAAUAUGUCAGAACAGAUGGAGACACAAGUCCCAGUACCAGUGAAUGGAGACGUUGGGCAGGGAGAUGGACACGCAGAUAAGAAGGUCAAAACAGAGGAUAUGACCUCAAAAGACUACUACUUUGAUUCUUAUGCACAUUUCGGCAUCCAUGAGGAAAUGUUAAAGGAUGAGGUUAGGACGUUGACGUAUCGUAACGCCAUGUAUCACAACAGACACUUGUUCAAAGGGAAGACGGUGCUUGACAUUGGCUGUGGGACCGGGAUACUCUGUAUGUUUGCUGCUAAAGCCGGUGCUGCUAAAGUCAUAGGGAUUGAAUGCUCAAGUAUAGUUGACCAUGCAGAGAAAAUCAUCAAAGCAAAUAAGUUGGAUCAUGUGAUUGAGAUUGUGAGGGGUAAAGUUGAAGAGGUCACUCUACCGGUAGAGAAGGUUGAUAUCAUCAUCAGCGAGUGGAUGGGCUACUGUCUCUUCUACGAAUCCAUGCUCAACACCGUUCUCUUUGCAAGAGAUAAAUGGCUCAGUAAAGAUGACGGUCUGAUCUUCCCAGACAGAGCUACGUUACAUGUCACAGCUAUCGAGGACAGGCAGUACAAAGAUGAGAAAAUCAAUUGGUGGGACAAUGUAUACGGAUUUGAUAUGAGCUGUAUCCGGGAUAUCGCCAUCUCAGAACCUCUGGUAGACGUUGUCGAUCCCAAACAACUGGUCACCAACUCGUUUCUUAUCAAGGAGAUCAGUAUGUAUACAGUGAAGGUGGAGGAUCUGACGUUCCAGGCUCCGUUCCAGCUCAUCGUUCACAGAAAUGAUUACAUCCAGGCGUUAGUGACGUACUUCAAUAUAGACUUUACUAUGUGUCACAAGAGGACUGGCUUCUCAACAUCACCCGACUCCCACUACACACAUUGGAAACAGACCGUGUUCUACCUGGAUGACUACAUCACUGCUAAGAGAGGUGAAGAGCUCUACGGAACGUUCUCCAUGAAACCCAACGCAAAGAACAAUCGAGACUUGGACUUUGAGAUUGGAGUGGAGUUUUCCGGGGAGCUAUCAAACUUCAAAUCAAAUUUCACGUAUCACAUGCGAUAGAUGACGCCCCUCAUGAACCCAUAGGGAUACAGGUCAAUCUGCUUUUGCUCAUCAAAUUGGGAGCAUUCAUCCAAAUUGGCAACAUUCACAUUGGCAACACUCAGUUGCUCAUCUAUUUUCACAAUUCAAAAAUAUUAAUAUGGGUAUGACAUCGGUUGAAAUUAACCUCAAUAGCAUAUUAUUAUACAAAGCAGUUGUCAAUUUGCAUUUUUAAACAGUGUUUUGCUGUUUUAAUCGCAUUGCCAAUUUAGUGUGUAAUGAUUACCGAAGUCAAACAGCUUUUAUUCUGGAACAGCACAACAUAUAAAGGGGAUUCCACAUGAGGUCACAAGCAGCCACCUUGGAGGACAUAACAAUAACCUUUGCAUUUGACCAAAAAAAAGAAAAAAAACAAUAAUUGACCGUGGUUUGAUGCACAGGUUUUUAUUGUUUAUCCUCCAUAGGGAUCCACAUUACACUGCAAGUGGUGUAAUGAUAUUCAGUUCAUUGUUUUCUCUGAAUUCCUAUAUCCUCCAUAAAUUAAAUCUUAGUAUACUGAUUGGUUCAAACAGCUUCAUGUGGCCAAACAUAUUCCAGCUAUGCUGUUGAAGCAAAAACGCCCACUAAAGAAAGUUUGCUAUUCCGUGAUAUCAAUGAUGGAAUAGUGCACUAGUCCAUCUUUGAUGUCGAUCACAGAUAUUGCAAUAUCUUGGACACACCGGUCAGCGAGGUGAUCUCUCCCGGGCAAGUCCCAUGAAAUCCGUGUCUCGCUGGGCGCGUGGCUUCAAGAAAAUUAGGUCAGUCAACGCAGCUCGUUAUCUAUGUUUUGGUUCAGAUUUUACAAAAGGAUGAACUAUGAGUACAA